AUGGUGGACAGCGUGUACCGAACCCGCUCCCUGGGGGUGGCGGCCGAGGGGCUCCCGGACCAGUACGCGGACGGGGAGGCGGCGCGCGUGUGGCAGCUCUACAUCGGGGACACGCGCAGCCGCACGGCCGAGUACAAGGCCUGGCUGCUCGGGCUGCUGCGCCAGCACGGCUGCCAGCGGGUGCUCGACGUGGCCUGCGGCACCGGGGUGGAUUCCAUCAUGCUGGUGGAAGAGGGCUUCAGUGUGACCAGCGUGGAUGCCAGUGACAAGAUGCUCAAGUAUGCGCUCAAAGAGCGCUGGAACCGGCGGCACGAGCCUGCCUUCGACAAGUGGGUUAUUGAAGAGGCAAACUGGAUGACUCUAGACAAUGAUGUGCCUCAGCCACCAGGAGGCGGCUUUGAUGCUGUCAUUUGCCUUGGGAACAGUUUUGCCCACUUGCCAGAUAGCAAAGGAGACCAGAGUGAGCACCGGCUGGCACUGAAGAACAUCGCAAGCAUGGUGCGGUCAGGGGGCCUGCUGGUCAUCGACCACCGGAACUACGACCACAUCCUCAGCACGGGCUGUGCCCCUCCAGGGAAGAACAUCUACUACAAGAGUGACCUGACCAAGGACAUCACGACAUCAGUGCUGACAGUGAACAACAAAGCCCACAUGGUGACCCUGGACUACACCGUCCAGGUGCCCGGAGCUGGGCAGGGCGGUUCUCCUGGCAUGAGUAAGUUCAGGCUCUCCUACUACCCACACUGCCUGGAGUCUUUCACGGAGUUGGUACGAGGAGCAUUCGGGGGCAAGUGUCAGCACAGUGUCCUGGGUGACUUCAAGCCAUACAAGCCAGGCCAGACCUACAUCCCCUGCUACUUCAUCCAUGUGCUCAAGAGGACAGACUGA